AUGGCAGACUUACGCCUAGAUGGCGAUGAUGACCCGAUGGUCCUUUCAGACCACGCGCUAGCUGCCCUUGCGGAAUUCCAUUCUGAACAGGACGCUCAAGUACGCGAAUUUGAAAGGGUCAAUUCAAUCGCCGAGGCAGAAAGGUCUCGAAACGCCCCUUUUGAUAUUGAGUUGUUUACCGAGAAUUGGGGUAGAAGUCAAUUUUGGGUAGCAGACUUUCCCUUUUCUGUACUCCUCGAUGGGAUCGUGUCUAACGAAAUCUCAGUAUACAAGCGAGACGGCGGAGUUGCUGGCUGGUGA